AUGCCUGUCGUUGCCAAGGACACCUCGCGUGCGGCCAUUGCAACGUUGCAACGAGCGCAACAUUGCUCACAGCUUCUUUCUGGGGAGGAUUCAUGGCAGCAGAGGACACCUUUAACGGAUAAACAGCUGGAGGAUUUCAGCUCGCUAGUAUUGGGCAGCAGCUCAAACGUCUGGAGCGCAGAGGAGCGAAAUGUGCCUGCUUCAACAAGCUAUAGCGAGCACUCUUUAGAAUCUCUGGUUGCCAAGUUCAAGAGUUCCCAAAGCAAGCAUGGCUGUUUAAGUGCCUUGAAAGAAUUAACCAGGCGAGGCGAACUUGAACUUCUGAUUCGUGGCUUGCAAGAACUCAGCAAGCCGGACCAGGAGGCCAUUUUCCGAAGGUGGCGCUAUCAGGACUUUCUCGACGCUGUGACACGAAACCAGAAGGCCAAACUAGCAUUGCAAUUUGCAAAGCUCGCUGUUCCGAACGUGCAUAAGCCGGCCCUUCUUACUAUGUCCGUGUUGAAGACAUGCGCCAAGUGCCGCGACCUUGAUGCUGGGAUGACGGUGUUGGAGUUGGCGCGCAAGCACGCCGUGCCUAUAGACAGCCACAUGCUGACCUCCUUAAUAAACGCUCCAUCUGCCGCUCGCCUCUUACGCCCUCCCCCCCCCCCAAUGGCAAUUUUCGCACUUCACAUCAACCCAGUCUGCAAAGCCGUGGGCAAUGUGGACAAGGCCCACCGAGUGUACCUGGAUAUGCGCGCCGGGGGCCACCGCAUCGACAGCCACGUAUAUGGCGCACUGAUUGCCACAUGUGCGGAGGCUAUGAAGCGCGAUCUCACGGUCAUGCACGAGCGGAAGGAUCAGUACGUGCUACUCGAGCGUGCGUUCCAGUACGUGGCGGACGCGGAGGCGGCGGGGGUGGUGCUGCAGGCACCCGUGUGGAACUCGCUCAUGGUGUGCGCGGGACGCAGCGGCGAGCUGAACCGCGCGUUCGAGGUGUUGACAAUGAUGCAGCAGCGCGGCAUCAGCGCCAGUGCCACUACGUAUGGCUCGCUGAUUGAGUCGUGCGUGUGUGCGCGCCAGCCGGAAAAGGCGCUGCGGGUGUUCGAGGUGGCGCUGCAGAAGGGCUUUCAGUCCGAGGUGAAGAUCUACACACAGGCGCUGUCGGCGUGCAUGUUGCCGCUGCCGCACGCCUGGGAGCGCGCCCAGGACAUUUACCCGGCAAUGCAGCGCGCAUCGGUGCGCGCCGACAAGAAGUUUUUCGCGUGCCUCAUGGCGGUUGCGGGCCGCUGCGGCCGCCUAGAUACCUCGUUCGAGCUGCUCACUGAGAUGGCGGCCGAGGGCAUUCGGCCCUCCGCAACCACCAUCUCGGCCAUCAUCUACGCCUGCCUGGAGCGUGGCAACCUGGCCUUGGCACGACGCGUGUACGAUCUGGGCGCACGGCAGAAGGUGUACCCGGUGCUGUCGCAGUUCAAUCGCAUGAUGGACGUGUACGCCAGCGAGUGCAGAUUUGGCGAGGUGGUCAGUCUGCUGAGCGACAUGGUUGCCGCCGGUCGCAGCCCCAAUCUGAACACCUACCGCAUCAUCAUCAACGCCUGCGCCUUCACGGACCAGGCGGGCCUGGCGUUCCAGGUCUUUGCGCUCAUGCAUGCGAACAAGGUGCAGAUCCUGCAGCUCAGCGUCGCGCAGGCUAUCUACUACAUGCUCAUCAAGGCCUGUCUUAGUCAGACGCGCUUUAUGUGGGUGCCCACUGGCUACCCGCCAUCGGAGCCGCCGGUCGGCUCGCCUGCGGCUGCAGUGGCGAUGGCGCCGUCUGCAGCGCCGCAGGGGCACCCUCACGGCCGGGGGCUGCCAGCUGAGCGGCAGAAGGAAGCGGAGCGGGUGCUAGCGGCGCUGGGGGCGCACAAGCUACGUCGUGGUGCCCAUCAGAGCAACCCCUUUGACGGACCGCCUGACACGAUAGAUUGGGCCAGCCACGCGCUCAGCGCCUUCCACCACAUGCUCAGCCGGGGAUUCCGGCCCACACUGGAGCUCCUGGAUUGUCUGCUGAACUGCAUGCGCGCCAUGAUGCUGCCGGCGGGGGAGCCCGGGAGCCCGGAGGCCACGCCCAAGUAUGUCUCGCCAUUCGUCCCGUUGCGUUCCCGCAACGAGGUCUUCGAGGUGGCGUUUGAGCCCAGAGCAUUCGCUAUACUGGAUGAGGCCAUCGCCAAGGGCCUGGUGCCGUCCUACGACCCGGAAGCCCCGAUGGUGGUGGACAUGCGCAACAUGCCGCCCGUGGUGGCGGAGGUCUACGUGCUGCACGUGCUGCUAACGCUGGAGCGCCGUGCGCGGCGACGGCAGCAGCAGGCUGCGGACUCUGCAGAGGCACCAGGCGCUGGCUCCUACCACCACUCCAUCACGCUGCUAGUGCCACCAUUUGAUCCCGACCUGGUCAAAUGGCCGUCGUACGUGGACAGGGUGAUGAACCGCUAUACGGCAACGAUGGCAGCUGAAGAACGCGCGAGGUUGCGGCAUCGUAGCGAGUACCGCCGUGCACGUGCCCGCCGGCGGCGGCGGCGCAUCGCUGCUGAGAAGGCCGCCGCGGAAGCGGCUGCCGCAGCGGAUGGUGCCGUUGACGACGCUGACGGCUCCUACUCGGACUCUGAUUCGGCUUUCGGUCCGCUGGGUGGCGUCGCUAGCAGCAGCUACGACGAGCUCGAGGCCGUCAUCAGCGGCAGUGAGGACGAUGUCCCGGGCGCGGCGCACCACGAUCCUUGGCUCCGCGAAGAGGAAACAGCUCUGGGCGGCGGCAGCGAGAACGGCAACGGCACGCAAGAUGCCGCUGCCACCUCCGGCAGCAGCGGCGACCUGUACGUGGCGGAUAGCACGACAGGCCUGGCGGUGGCUGCGACACUGCAGCGGAUGAAGGUCUGGAUGGACAUGGACUACGUCAACGGCACCAUUACAGUGUUUGCGGUGGAGGUGACACGUUGGCUGAAGCGGCGGCGCCAGGCGGCAGAAGCCGCGUCGUCGGCGGCAGCCGCUUCUGCAGGUGGCAGCGUUGGCAUUGCCGCCGGUGCUGGCGGGAGCCGCAGCAGCGGCACCGAUGGUGCUGGUGGUGUCGACGGCGGGCUGUCAUCGUCUGGCGGUGGCUUGGGCUCGCCAGCGGCUGGGAGGGGGGCGGCGGCCAUGGGCAUGAUGGCGGGUAGCCUGGCGGGGGCGCUGACCAGUGCACGAAUGAUGGGGGUUGGCGGCAUGCGGAGUCGCGGCAACCCUGUGGAGCAGCAGCAGCGAAACAUCCGUCUGGGCAUGGCGGCCGCCGGUGGCAGCAGCAGCGGCGGGGGCGGAUCCGUGGGUCGUGGGGCCAGCGCAGCCUCCGGGCCCAGCCAUGGCCCAAUGUCGCAGCAGCAACAGCAGCAGCAUCUCGCGCAUGCGGCGUCGACCAAUGGCAACGGGGCCACGAUGUCGGGACGGCCACAGGCACAAUCGCAGCAGGGCAACCGCAGCCCCGGCAACGGCAGUGAGAGUGCCCCACGGGCCCGACCGCCGAGCUCUGCGCGGAAUGCCAACCGGCCGCUGCCGCUUCCUCUGACGAACGGGGUGAAGGAUUCCCGGCAGCGCGCCGGCGCAACAGCAGUAUCUACUACCGCGGCAGCGCGCACGGAACCGUCAGCGUCAGCGCACUUGUGGCGGCUCCAGGACACCACGGCGAUGCCGCCCUCUGCAAACUACCACAUGACGUCCGGCGCAGAUGGCCAUGCAUUGAACGGUGCUGGAAGUAACGGCGAUGCGCACCAUGCCACCACCGCGGCGACUGCUCCUCACCAGAAGCAUCCGCAUCAGCGCUGGCGCAAUAGGACAAUGCGUGGUGCGGACGUGGAGGGUUCCUUGUGUCCGAUCGGAAACAAGGAGGUGCAGGUUGCAGGUGUGCAGGGUUGCAGGUCGUCCAUGUUCUUUGGAACAGACCAGCUGUCCAAAGACAGUGCCUCUAUGGUUCAAUGCUUGGUUGUGCGACAUGCGUGGUGUAUUUUUGGCUGCGAAGCGUUUUCCGUGUUCCUUUUUUUAUAUGGGGAUAGGUGGGUCCAUGACUUGAGGACCUGGGUUAGUGGCCUCACUGGUAUUUUGGAUUUUUGAGAUGUAAGAGAUUUCAGUUGCCCGCGUUGGCUUCCAGUUAGGUCGGAGGCUCUUGUGUCAGCGAAUGUUGGCGUGCUGGCGCGGCCUCUGCUGCUCUUGUUGCAGCACGGAACGUGCUCGCAUGCGCAGUGUACCUUAUCGAUGCGUAUUGGCAGAUGAUGCUUGUUGACAUCGUUUUCUGAAGCUUGCCUUGGGUCUUGAAAGGAAGAAGCUGAUGGUGUCCAAUAUAACUAGGCACUUCACGGUGUGGCCCGCCCGCAAUCUUUUGUUUGGGUCGUUGCAAUGUGGUAAACUCGGUAACUUUAGUGCGGUAAACCCGGAAUUCCGGAAUAAAGACUCGUUUCUGGGGCAGCUCUUGUGCUGUUUUGCUCUGCAAGCGGCCUGUGCGUGAGUUCCAGUCGUCUAAUUGCGUGAUAGUGGCAGCGGCGCUGUCCCUUGUAAGACUUAUGUAAGGCGUGUCUCUAG